CAGCGUGGGUCGGCGCCCAGCGGCCCGCCCGAGCGCUCCGGCCGCGGGACCAGAGUGCCGCCCUGAGGCCUGGUCGGGACACGACACCCUCCGGGCCGGGCCACCGCGCCCCCCGAGCUGGCCGCGUCCUUUCGGGGCCCCUGGCUGUGCUACCCACUCAGAGAUUAGGAACCCCCACCCCACCCUGGGCAUCCGUGAGUCGACGGGCCUCCGUCAAAGAGUCCCCAGGUUCGUCAGCGCCACAGCAACAUCCUCAGAGUCUGAGCGAACUGCGCCCAGUGCGGGCACGGAGCCUCCCACCGCCAGCAACCUGCGGCCCGGGAGAAGAGCCAGCACAGUGUGACAGCGCCUCACCGCCACCAGUCCCCGGACCACCAUGGCCAAGAACCGCAGGGACCGAAACAGUUGGGGUGGGUUUUCAGAAAAGGCAUAUGAAUGGAGCUCAGAAGAGGAGGAGCCAGUGAAAAAGGCAGGACCAGUCCAAGUCCUCAUCGUCAAAGAUGACCAUUCCUUUGAGUUAGAUGAAACUGCACUUAAUCGGAUCCUUCUCUCGGAGGCUGUCAGGGAUAAGGAGGUUGUUGCUGUGUCUGUUGCUGGAGCAUUUAGGAAAGGAAAAUCAUUUCUGAUGGACUUCAUGUUGAGAUACAUGUACAACCAGGAAUCAGUCGAUUGGGUUGGAGAUUACAAUGAACCAUUGACUGGUUUCUCAUGGAGAGGGGGGUCUGAACGAGAGACCACAGGAAUCCAGAUAUGGAGCGAAGUCUUCCUCAUCAAUAAACCUGACGGCAAGAAGGUUGCAGUGCUAUUGAUGGAUACUCAGGGAACCUUUGAUAGUCAGUCAACUCUGAGAGAUUCAGCCACAGUAUUUGCGCUUAGCACAAUGAUCAGCUCAAUACAGGUGUAUAACUUAUCCCAGAAUGUCCAGGAGGAUGAUCUUCAGCACCUCCAGCUUUUCACUGAAUAUGGCAGACUGGCGAUGGAAGAAAUAUUCCUGAAGCCAUUUCAGAGUCUGAUAUUUCUUGUUCGGGAUUGGAGUUUCCCAUAUGAAUUUUCAUACGGAGCUGAAGGUGGCUCUAAAUUCUUGGAAAAACGCCUCAAGGUCUCAGGGAACCAGCAUGAAGAACUACAGAAUGUUAGAAAACACAUCCAUUCCUGUUUCACCAAAAUUUCCUGUUUUCUGCUACCUCAUCCUGGCUUAAAAGUAGCUACCAAUCCAAACUUUGAUGGAAAACUGAAAGAAAUAGAUGAUGAAUUCAUCAAAAACUUGAAAAUACUCAUUCCUUGGCUACUUAGUCCUGAGAGCCUGGAUAUUAAAGAGAUCAAUGGGAACAAAAUCACCUGCCGAGGUCUGGUGGAGUACUUCAAGGCUUAUAUAAAGAUCUAUCAAGGUGAAGAAUUACCACAUCCCAAAUCCAUGUUACAGGCCACAGCAGAAGCUAACAAUUUAGCAGCAGUAGCAACUGCCAAGGAUACAUACAACAAAAAGAUGGAAGAGAUUUGUGGUGGUGACAAACCAUUUCUGGCACCUAACGACCUACAGACCAAACAUUUGGAGCUUAAGGAAGAAUCUGUGAAGCUAUUCCGAGGGGUGAAGAAGAUGGGUGGGGAGGAAUUUAGCCGGCGUUACCUGCAACAGCUGGAAAGUGAAAUAGAUGAACUUUACAUCCAGUAUAUCAAGCACAAUGAUAGCAAAAAUAUCUUCCAUGCAGCUCGUACCCCAGCCACACUGUUUGUCGUCAUCUUUAUCACUUAUGUGAUUGCCGGUGUGACUGGAUUCAUUGGCUUGGACAUCAUAGCUAGCCUAUGCAAUAUGAUAAUGGGACUGACUCUUAUCACCCUGUGCACCUGGGCAUACAUCCGGUACUCUGGAGAAUACCGAGAGCUGGGGGCUGUAAUAGACCAGGUGGCUGCAGCCUUGUGGGACCAGGGAAGUACAAAUGAGGCUUUAUACAAGCUUUACAGUGCAGCAGCAACCCACAGACAUCUGUAUCAUCAAGCUUUUCCUGCGCCAAAGUCAGAAUCUACUGAACAAUCAGAAAAGAAGAAAAUGUAAUCCAAAUGUUUAGAAAUACAGGUGCAUGACCGAUUGUCAGUUAAAUACUCAGUUUUCUGUCUCCAUGCAAACAUUCAAAGUGCUUCUAUCAGGACAGAGUAAAAUACCAAGCUCCUCUGAAAACUUCGAAAUGGUUUAGUUCUUUUACUUCAGUGUUUAAUAUGCAGAUAUAUGUAUGCAUGGUUAUAUCAUUUUGUUGACAUGUACAGUUUCCUGAUUUUGUCCUCAAAUACGCUGUUAUAAUUUAAAGUAUUUGUCUAUUUAUGAUGACAGUACAUGUGUUCUGCUUGAAUUUACUAAAUUCUACUACUGGGUUAUAAUUAAACCAUGUAGUAAUAUUACUCCAUGUUUGGAUAUGCUCAUUUAAUUUCUAUAGAAGAGUUUUAAAAAUUAUUUCCCAGUCAUCUGUUUAAGUACAGCAUCAUAACUCAGCAGGCUUGAUUCAAUCAAUGUCAUCUUCUGUAAACCAUCAGCUUUUAUUUUUAAAGACAUUUAAGAGAGCUUUUCAGUUGCUUUAUCAAUAACUAAAUACUGCUUUUAUAUUAUGAUUUAACAUAGAAUAUAAACUUCUGGAUCAAAAUGCACAAAAAAAUCACUUUGUAUAUGUACCUGAGUUUCACUGCAUUGUAUAUUUUUUUCAUUUGGUACACAAAGAAAUGUAUUCUUCAUAGGUUUAUUCUUUUAACAUGUGAACUAUUAUUAAAGUUUACUCUGGUUCCUAAGAUCAAAAACAAAUGCUUACUGAAUUUGGAAAUGUUUGGGAGGUAUUAAAUAUAGAAUGAUAAAGGCUUAGCUCUCUUUUAAAAAUUAAA